CUGUAAAAAGGCUAUCCAAGAGUUCAAGAAAAUGAAUAGAAGCAUUCAAAAAUGAAGUUAAGUUGAUUGCAAAACUUCAACAUAGAAAUCUUGUCAAAAUGAUAGGUUGUUGCAUUUAGGGGGAAGAAAAGAUGCUGAUUUACGAGUACAUGUCCAACAAAAACUUGAACUUCUUUAUUUUUGAUCCUACAAGAAGCUCAUCCUUGAAUUGGAGCAAACACUUUGAAAUAAUCAUUGGGAUCGCUCGUGGGAUUUUGUAUCUUCAUCACGACUCGAGGUUGAGAAUUAUUCAUAGAGAUCUUAAAACAAGCAAUAUUCUACUUGAUGAUGAGAUGAACUCCAAAAUUUCAAAUUUCGGCUUGGCUCGCAUAUUCAAAGGGGACCAAAUUCAAGAUAGGACAGAUAGAGUUGUCGAAACAUAUGGUUAUAUCUCACCAGAGUAUGCAGUAUUUGGAAGAUUUUUGAUAAAAUCAGAUGUCUUUAGUUUUGGUGUAAUAUUAUCGGAGAUCAUAAGUGUCAAAAAGAAUAGUGGUUCUUAUUUCGAGCACCCUCUCCUAAAUUUGAUAAGGCAUGUUUGGGAACUAUGGAAAGAAGAUAGAGCCUUGGACAUAGUUGAUUCAUCAAUAAAUGAGUCAUAUGUUCCCCAUGAAGUCUUGGGAAGCAUUCAAAUUGGGUUGUUAUGUGUGCAAGAAGAUGUUAGAGAUCGGAAAUUUGUUGGAAGUUCUGCCUAUGUUGGGUUGAAGAAGAUUGACUUUGUUGUCCAUCGAAAGAUUCAAUUAAUUGACUUUGCAGGAGUUAUUAUCCCACCUGACUUGAUUCAACAAGGAGUCAAGGAGUGCAUGACCACUGACGAUCAAGACGAGAAAAUAACCUUGGCAGCGCUUUUAGAAAGGGUCUGGCCACGAUCCCAAUUUAUGGCUGAACUGGCGAGAAAGACUCUCGUAGCGCUUCGGGAGUUCAUGGAUCAGGUUGACAACUUCAUCAACGCAAUGAACACCCUUUAG